AUGCCCCCACGACGCGGUGCGCAGCAGAGCGCAGACACAAUCCGGAUACUGGUCGCCACAGAUAGCCAUGUCGGAUAUAACGAACGCGAUGCAGAGCGAAAGGACGACAGUUGGAGGACAUUCCACGAAGUCAUGUGCCUAGCGAAAGAGCACGAUGUGGACAUGGUACUGCAUGCGGGAGACCUUUUUCACGAGAACAAGCCGUCGAGGAAGUCCAUGUACCAUGUCAUGAAAUCACUGCGUCAGAACUGUCUCGGCGAGAAGCCAUGCGAACUGGAGAUGCUGAGCGAUGCGAGCGAGAACUUUGGAGGCAUGUUCGACCACGUCAACUACGAGGAUGAAGAUAUAAACAUUGCUAUACCCGUGUUUGCCAUUCAUGGUAAUCACGACGACCCGUCAGGCGAAGGCUCGUUCUCUCCUCUCGAUCUGUUGCAGGCGUCUGGCUUCGUCAACUAUUUUGGUCGCACACCGGAAGUCGAUAAGAUCGCAGUGAAGCCUGUGCUACUUCAAAAGGGCGGCACCAAACUCGCUCUCUAUGGUCUCAGCAACGUUCGUGAUGAGCGCUUGUUCCACACCUGGCGGGACGGUAAUGUCAAGUUCUUCCAACCUGGUAUGCAAAAGGACGAGUGGUUCAACCUCAUGAGCGUGCACCAAAAUCAUCAUGCACAUACGCCGACCAGCUAUCUUCCCGAGAACUUUCUACCAGAGUUUAUGGAUCUUGUUGUAUGGGGCCACGAGCACGAAUGUUUGAUUGACCCGCGAUACAACCCUGAGAUGGGCUUCCAUGUCAUGCAGCCCGGCUCCUCAGUGGCUACGUCAUUGAUGCCUGGAGAGGCGGUUCCCAAGCACGUUUGCAUUUUGAGCGUCACUGGCAAGGAGUUCACAACUGAGAACAUCCGCCUGAAAACGGUCAGACCCUUUAUCAUGAAAGAAAUUGUGCUUGCAGAAGAGAGGGAAAUUAAAGAAAAAGAGAUAUGGCGCGUCCGCGAUGUCAGCGAUAACCGUGCAAAGAUUACCCAAUACCUGAACCAGGUUAUCGAGGAGUUGAUCCAAGAAGCGAACAGGGAGUGGCUUGAACUUCAAGAAGACAGGGAAGAAGACGAUGACAUCGAACCGCCAAAACCGCUUGUCCGACUGCGUGUCGAGUACACAGCUCCAGGAGGGGGCGAAUUUCAUUGCGAGAAUCCGCAGCGUAUUUCGAAUCGCUUCAUGGGUAAGGUAGCCAACAUCAACGAUAUUGUACAGUUUCACCGGAAAAAGAAACCAGCGAACCGUGCAUUGAAGAGCACGGCUGAAGAGCCAGACGAGGACAUCCUGGCUGAGCUUUCGAUUGACUCAGUCAAGGUCGACAAGCUGGUUAAAGAAUUCCUCACAGCUCAAACCCUGACAAUCUUGCCGCAGAAUUCCUUUGGAGAUGCAGUGUCCCAGUUUGUGGACAAGGACGACAAGCAUGCCAUGGAAACCUUCGUCGGAGACAGCCUCAAAAAUCAGCUCAAGCACCUCAUGGCCGCCAACGAAAUCGAAGAAGAAGAGAUUACCAAGGAGAUGGCGGAAUAUCGCGAACAACUGGAGGAUCUGUUCGCUUCAGGACAGUUGAAGAAGACACGGAGGUCAAAGGUCAAACCUAAGCCAGCUGGAUGGGACAGUGACUUCGACGGGUCUUGGGCUGAUCAGCCUGCUGCCCUCGUCCGUUCUGACAAUGAAGGCGAGAAAGACGAUGACGAGAGCUUGGCUUCCAUAACCACGAAGAAAGCUGCUCCACGCGGUCGCGGCAAAGCAGCUGGCACAAGUCGUGCAACUGCCGCUGCUGCCAAAAAGGCCGCACCUAAGAAGGCUGCGCCAGUAGCCAGAGCUACAGGCGGCCGAGGCAAGAAAAAGGCUGUUGUCGAAGAAGAGGAAUCUGAUAACGACGAAGACGUGAUCAUGAUCGACGAUGACGACGAUGAAGAAGUUCCAGAAGAAGAUGAUGAAGAUAGCGCGGAAGACCUUUUCGUUGCCUCGCAGAAGAAACCUCCUGCAAGGAAGGCCGCUGCGAGGACGACAACCAAACCCCUGGCGAAGUCCAAGUCGCCGGCUAAGAAGACGACGACUACGAGGGCCAAGGCGGGACCUGCGGCUACGCAGACAAAGUUGAACUUCUCGCAGACGCUUACGCAGCGUAGUCAGCCCACGCGGGCUGCGCCGUCGAGGGGAAAGAAGGCUGUGCAGGAGCCGAGUGAUGAUGAGAUUGAGUCUGAUGACGCCUUUGAGUCGGCGCCGCCGCCUAGUGCUAGACCCACGAGGAGGAGGUAA